ACAUUCUGGCACCUGUAGACUGUAGUUCAUUUGUUGUAGACUUCCAGACUGAUAUAAAAUGCCAGGGUUACCUCCAAAUAUGCCAAAUCCUGAGGCCAUCUUUGAGUCCUGGUGGCCAAUUAUCAUAGGAAUCAUAGGCGGGGUGGCGUACGCACUCAGGCAGUACAUGAGAGGUGCUCGAUGUAUCAGUGAACUGAAGCUUGAAGACAAGGUUGCCAUAGUAACAGGUGGAGGUUCAGGGAUUGGUAAACAACUUGUCAUUGACCUAGCCAAGAGAGGUUGUAAAGUUUAUACAACUGCAAGAAAUCAGGAGCAGGCAAAGGCUACAGAACAAGAUAUACGACAGAGCAGCAAGAGUGAACUGGUGCACUGUCUUGUGUGUGAGCUAGACAAAUUUUCAUCAGUUAAAAGUUUUGUUGCAGCCUUAAAAAAAAAAGAGGAACAGCUCCACUAUCUGGUGCACAAUGCUGGGGUGAUGAUGUGUGACUUUAAUAAAACAGAGGAUGGCCAUGAAGAACAGUUCCAAGUCAACUACCUGUCUCCCUUUUUGAUGACAAGCUUGCUACAGGAUUACCUGAAGAAUUCCACUCCUAGUCGCGUUCUUUUGACAACAGCCCCAGCCUAUAAGUUGGGAUCAUCAACAUUCACUGACUGUCCACCUGAGGACAAAUACAACACCGGGGAUGCGUACGCCCAGAGCAAGUUGGCACUAGUCCUUUUUGGGGUCACUCUGGCUGAAAAACUCAAAGAUGCUGAUGUUCAUGUCCACUGUAUUCUACCAGGCGUUGUAAAUACCAAGAUUUAUCGACAUCUCCCAUUUAGAAAAAGUGCCUUUGUUGCUGUUUCAUUUGCUCCUUUUCUUUGGUUCCUGACAAAAACUCCAGAUGAUGGGGCACAAACCACCCUCUAUGCUUUACUGGGAGUGUCAGCUGGAAAAACAACUGGAAAAAUCUACAAGGAAUGUGCUGAGACUGAGUAUGCAGACAUUGUGAAGGAUGAGGAGUUACAGAAAUCUCUAUGGAAACAGACUCUGGAGUGGACCAAAGUAAAGGAGUUCGGGCAGUAACCGUUCAUUUCUCACCAAGCUGUUACAUUUCCACAGAGUUCUGCCAGGCAGACUCUGACUCACACACUGUAGACAAGAUGAUGAUCUGUAGAUUUAUAACUAGCAUAAUAACCGACCUGUAUAUGAUAUACUGUACUCAUGUAACACAGAGUAAUUGUUUAAGAUCGUUUGAUCAGUAUGUGCUUCCAAAGACUACAUGUAUAUACUAGUAUAGCAUUAAUAAAGAUAUGUUUUUAUUCAGUAUUGUCCAUCAAAGAAAGUAGAUAUUCCAUUAAAAUCUCAACUAAAACAUUC